AUGUUCUCCGAGAUCUUCCUCGCCUGUGCCUUGGCUACAGGUGUACUGGGAUGCGCUGAUCACUCCAACCACUAUGUGUACCGGAAUGUGCGGCGAGACGUCCCAUUCACCGAAGUGGAUCCGGGCAGAGACUCCAACGACUGGACGUAUGAAGCCUCUUCAAACUGGGGAUAUAUCAAUCCGAAAUACUUCCUCUGCCAGAACGGCACUCAACAAGCUCCCGUCGGCCUGACGUCCACUCAAGGCUUCUCCGCGGUCCAUAAACCGGAGUUCGGGAACUAUUCGCAGAACGUCUCGGGCAACUACUUCAACUGGGGAUACGGCCCAGCGUUCACACCUCAUUAUGACAAAGACAACGUGACUGAACUCCCCAGCAUCACGUUCGACGGGGUCACAGCCUACAUGGUCGGCUGGCACAUACACACUCCUGCCGAGCACCCAGUCAACGGCAAACGCAGUAUGGCGGAGAUGCAUUUCGUGCAUGCCGACGCCGAUAGUAACUAUGUCGGUGUCCUGGCCUUCCGCAUCGAUCCUGCUGGAGAUACGGACUCCCCGUUCGUGUCUCAGUGGCCGUGGUAUAUUGGCUUCAAUGAGACGAAGCAGAUAACCAAUGUCAGCCAGGAUCUCGACCUAGCGCUGAAUGAGGUUGAUUCAUUUGACAAUUUCUGGACUUAUAUGGGGGGCCUGACUGUUCCUCCUUGCUCCGAGGGCAUUCGGUUCUUCAUAGCGGACAAGGUCUUGACAGUUAGCAACAAGCAGAUGCAGCGGAUUAUGGGCAUGUCGGCUUACUCGACCCGCAUUGAGCAGCAGAUUUGGUUGCAGGGUGUCAAUCAAUAA